AUAUUCCAAGUCCCCAGAAUGCAGUCCACCACCUAGUGCUGUUUUGUGCCAUUUUAACUACCGGCACAAUACCUUUCUGCCUUUUAUGUGUAAGCCACCUUGAGUCCCUGUUAGGGUUGGGGGUCGAAGGCAGGGUAUAAAUAAUAAUUGUCAAUGUAUGAAUUUGAGGGGUUUUCGAUACAGGUUUAAAGGGAUGUGUUCAUCCUCUCGUUCUCUCUCUUGUCUUAGCCAACAAGCUAGCACCCUCCCAAGAUGGCGGAGGCUCACCAGGCUGUGGCGUUCCAAUUCAAGGUCUCUCCAGAGGGUAUCGACCUCCAGCUGAGUCAUGCAGCCCUCAAGGAGGUUUACCGCUCAGGCCUGCGGUCCUGGAAGAAGAAAUUCAACCAGUUGCGGGUAAGAUAGUGUAAUAAAUGUAGGGGUUACUCGUGCUCAAGUUGGUGCCACUCCUGGCUAGUUUGCCUUGUUAAACCUUUUCUGUCUGGACAGCCCUACACUUCGUGGCUGCUCAGUCGCUAGCAGAAUCCGUCAGUGGGCGUUUCUUAAACCUUUUCCAGCAUAAAAGUUGUUUGACUCCAAGUCUCCUCCUACUCUCCCUGCGCGGAAGUCUUCUGCACAGGGAGGGCGUGGGUAGCGGAGGACCCGUGCUCUCCUCGCUGAUCUCCGGCGAGGAGUCCUGGAGCCCCCUCACCGAUUCCCCCAUCUGCCCCCCUUUAUCCCUGGUGUUACGCUGAUUUCCUUCCCCAGCUGGUGAGCCGCCUCUCCCCCUGCUGGUCCCUUCUCCAGCAUCGCUUGAGAGCCUCGCCUCCGCCUCUGGCUCCGAUGUCAGUUCCCUGACAGAUAGGGAUAACGAGUGUUAUGUACUGAAGUUCUCACCCUGGGCCAGCAGGGGGAUACUGUAGAUAGUUCAGGUCCACAUAUGCAAAUAAGGGAUCGAAAGUGAUGUUCAGUGAUUGGAUAGUUACAGAAAGUUGUUACAGUUACGUUGUACUGGAGUUCUAUAUAAGCAGGCUGGCACCUGCUCAAAAUGCUCUGGAAUUAAUUUGUAUCUGAGGGAUAGCUCCGUUGGUAGAGCAUGAGACAGUCAUAGGUUCUGGCCUUGUGUUGGGCAGAAAAAUUCCUGUAUUGCAGUGGGUUGGACUAGAUGACUCUCUUGGUCCCUUCCAACUCUGCAAUUCUAUGAUUCGGUGACAUUCAUGUCUUGAUAGCCCAGCUCUUAGUUUAUUCUUGGGAACCCAACCCUUCCACGUUGGAGCCUUAGGAAGAAUUAAACUGUAAUCUAGGGAAGCCAAGGCAGCUGAAGGCCUGGGUUAGGUAUGAGAGCAAGGCCUCCCGAGUUAUCGGAAAGGACUUGAGUCCAGUAGGUUCGGGGUAUGGUGCGAAUGAAAGUUUGUUUGGCCAAAUCGGAACAGGAGGUUCUGGGAACCAUUUUAGAACUAACCCUCAAGGGUUUAACAGAGAGUGGAAAGUGCCCAAGUGCCCCCCACCCAAAGAGAUCACAGUGCUUGUUCUUCAAUAAUUAAGGUUCAAUAACAUUGGCAACCUGUUUCUUUUUAGUCAAUAAUCCAUAAAUUUAUUGGGUGUCCUUGUGAAGAGGCCGUCUCCAUUUGUAUUAUGGAGGGAUGACAUACAGGGUUGUUGUAAGGAUAAAAGAGAGUUAUGAAUUAGGAGGUCCUUGUUAAAAUCUCAUCUCCAUCAUGAACCCAGCAAGUGAUCUUAGCAGUUCAGUUACCUGAUUUGAAGAUCAUACUAAACCACAAUUUAGUUUGUUUCCCUCCCAGUACAGCAAAGACAGAAGCUGGUACUAAUGAGCAGCUUGCUUGUACUUGUUAAGACUAUGGUUUGUUCCUAACUAUGGUUUAAUGUGAAGGACAUGCAAACAGAACCCUUGUGUAAAAUGAUGUUUGAUGCUGAGAUGUAGCUUGGAAAUUGGGGGUGGGUUGCUCGGAGCAAAAAUGAGAGAGCCAGCUUAUAAAAUGUUGGGGCCUGUUUAAUUUGUUAUAAGCAACAAGCACCAUUAAUCAGCAUCCGACAGUUCAAAGCACAUUCAGUGCAGCUUACAUUCUGAGAAAACAAUGUGUUGGUUGAUUUUUAGGGCUGAAAUAGCUAUGUUGUCAAGUAUAGCCUUCCUGCUCUCCACAAAUCCAUACUGCUUCUUCAAGAAAAAGUGCACCCCAGCAGUUUUGCCAAGUGUUUGAGGGAAAGGAAGUGAGUUAGCAGUUUAGGGAACUGGGCAAAGUUCAGUCCAUGUACCAUAUUUUCCAAAGAAAGGGAAAUGUGCCUUCAAAACUACAGAAGAUUUGACUCAUGACGAUAGCAGCAAUCUGUUCACAUUCAUCUUUUUGUGACCUCUCCUAACAGAACAGUUUUGUGACAGGCGUGUAUCCUGCCAGCCCAUCCAGUUGGCUGUUCAUGGUUACUGCCAUCUUGGUAACCCAGUACUCUCGACUUGACCCCUCCAUGGGCAUGAUUGGAAAGAUCAAGGAACACCUGCCAGUCAGGUAAGGAGAUGGGAAGGGAGAAGGGUGGGAGUUGUGGGUGAAUAAAUGAGGGGGAGGGAGACUAAAACUAAGGCCUGGUUUUCAUACAUUCUGGGAAAUAAUGGUUUCCUGCUACGAGAACAGGCGGCAGCACAUCUCAGGCUUGUGUGAAUUCUCUAACCCCUCUUGUCACCUUUCAAGCCAAUGAGGAGGAAAUGGGAAGCCUAUGCUUUUAGACAAACCCUUGUUUAUGGUGGCCUCUGAAGUUAUGAGAACUGUGGAUUGUUCACACUUGCGAGAACUACCCAGAAUCAAACUGUGGACUUACUUCCCAUCUUGUCCUGAAAACAUUGUUUAAACAAACUACAUUUCUCUGUGUAUGAGGUACUAUGGUUUGUUUAAAAUUGGAAGUAAGUGCUUCCAAACUCCUUCUCCUGGAGAAUGAGAGAGGAAAACUGGGGAGCCUACAAAUUCAAGGCUUGCUGUGGCUUAUUCACAUAGUGGGAAAUCAUGGUUCCAUGUUAUUUUAAAUGGUUUUCUUGGAGGGUUGCUUCAAAACCACUCACAAACGCAGUCCAGGGAUGUGUCCAUGUCAAACACAUUGGAAAGAGUGCAUUUUGUUGAUACUGGAAGUUGCCCUCAAGUCAGAAACACUUGGGUACUGCCAGGGUCCUUUUGACCAGAGGUGUUGUGGUUGGGAGACAAUUUUCUAGUGACAAAAGAGUCCUCUUGAGGUGUUCAGUGUGAACACGUGAAGGGGUUUUCAUGCCUGAAUAGGAUGGCCCCACAUAUGCUAGCCAUGGUACCAUGGAAUCAGCCUCAAGCCUGAAGAGGGCCUGGCUCAUGUAAGAAUGUAUGCACCUAGGGUUCCUUCUAAGGGGAUAACAUCUCUGAUUGGCAGCAGGCUUUGGAAAGUACAUUACUUCAUUGCCAAAACAAUGGCCUCUUGCUUGGAUGACUUUAGAAAAACAUAUGGAGGAUAGUUCUGUCUUGCAUUAACAUGAUGGAAUCUCCAUAUUCACAGAGAGGGGGCAUUUGAUUGGCGGCUUUUGGAGAGAGAUGACUUGCUGAGAUGGACCUUUAGUUUAAAACAGCAAGUCCACAUUUUAAACCCUUAAGCAUUUGUGUGCAUGUGUGUUAGCCUGGAGACAUCAGACUAGAAGACAGAAUUAGGUUUUCUUCUCUUGUUUUAAUUUUAAGGCCUGUACGUUUUUCUCCCUCUCCCUCUCUCUUCCUGCCCUUCCCCACCAUGUUGUCCUCAGUGACUACCUGUCAGAUCAAGGCCUGACAGUCCUCAGUGCCCUGGCUUUUUCCACAGGGCUAUGGCUGGCCCUCAUUGUGACCAUGCGUAGCAUUCUCAAGAUGCUGCUGUGCUACCAUGGCUGGAUCUUUGAGGAGCACGGCAAGAUAUCCAACACCACCAAAAUCUGGCUGGUAUGUAUCGCAGAAGAAGGUACACUAUUGGGAAGCAGGCUGAGAGAAGGGAGCAUGUUGCGUAGGGCUGGGCGAUAUCUGGUUUUCAACAUUGUGGUAGAUCACCAGCUAAACCGAUAUGUCACAAUGUACGAAAUAAGGAUGGAGCUAUGUAGAGGCAUUGGCUGGCUUCAUGGUUUUUCCUGCAUCAUGAUUUUUGCCUGCUCGGUGUAGUGGUUAAGAGCGGUGGACUUGUAAUCUGGUGAACUGGGUUUGCUUUCCUGCUCCUCCACAUGCAGCUGCUGGGUGACCUUGGGCUAGUCACACUUCUCUGAAGUCUCUCAGCCCCACUCACUUAAUAAAGAAUUUUUUUUUUUAUUUCCCCCCCAAAGAGCAAAGAAGCCAAGACAGCGAGCGGGAUCCAUCCUGCUGGCUGUCUUGGCUUCCUCUUUAGCCAUGCGCAACCUCUCCAGCCAGGAGAGGCUGUGCGCGGCUUUGGCAGAAGCCAAGACAGCGAGCGGGAUGGAUCCCGCUUGCUGUCUUGGCUUCGUUUUUAGCCACAGGGCUGGGGGCAGGGGAAGCCCAACCUUCCCCCGACCCCAGCUCCCAGAACAGGCAGCUAUCCGCAAGCCUUCCGAGCGCAGCGGGAACUCCCGCCGGGCUCCAAAGGCUUGCGGAUAGCUGCCUGAAGCCUGAAGAGCGAGAGGGGUUGCUCCUAAUCAUGUUGUUGCAAAGUCCUGUUUCUAUUACUUUGUGUCUCAGCUGAAGAAGAAAUCUUCUGGGGAAAUUGUGUACUGUGGACAGGUUUUGGAGAAGGCUCCACUGAAGGUGGAAAAUUUUGGUAUCUGGCUGCGCUAUGAUUCUCGUAGCGGAACUCAUAGCUGUUACACAGUGCUAUCGCGAUAUGGGAGCCCGUUACAGAGCUUGUGCUCACUCAAUUCAGAUCAUGAAGGUUGAAGAGAUCGCUGCUAGCAAGUGCAGCAGACCAGCUGCCAAGCAGUUCCAUGAUUCCCAAAUCAAGUUCCCUCUGCCAUGAUUCCAAAAUCAAGUUCCCUCUGUCGUCAACACAAGCCACGCUUCACCAUUAAAGGACCAAACACGUUCUUCUAAAUGCAGGCUUGGUUCAUUUGCUCUGAGUUUCAAUAAAGUUCUUUUGGGGCGCGAGGGGAAAAAGGAGGAUUCUAAGUAUUCUCUGCUGAGUGCAUUUAGGUCCUGAUAGUAGGGAGAAUUCUAAUUAUGUUCACCUGAGUGAUCAGAGAAUCCUCUUUCAGACUUUGUGGCUCCACAUUUCCCCCCUUUUUCCUUUUUUUUAAUCUCACACAAUUUUCCCAAGGAAACUCAAGGACACUCACAAAUCCGUAACACAGUAGUAUAAAGUUCGUUCUUUCUCUCCACCCCACCCCAUCACAGGCUUUGGUGAAAAUCUUUGCUGGGCGGAAACCCAUGCUAUACAGCUACCAAGCCUCGCUGCCUCGCUUGCCUGUUCCAGCCCUCAAGGACACCAUGCAGAGGGUGAGUCUGGUUUUGUUUCCCCUUUCCUGCUGUGAUUCGAGGAUGCAAAAAAAUAAUAAUAGUAUCUGCCGCUGCUUUCAUAGCACAUCAGGCUGAAAGCGGAGGAUUGAACGUUUGGAUCAGGCACCCCCAAACUCGGCCCUCCAGAUGUUUUAGGACUACAACUCCCAUCAUCCCUAGCUAACAGGUCCAGUGGUCAGGGAUGAUGGGAAUCGUAGUCCCAAAACAUCUGGAGGGCCGAGUUUGCGGGUGCCUGGUUUGGGUACUUUCUGAUAUGAAACGUCUGCACUCCUUUUCCCUCUCUCUGAAUGGCCGCACAUUCUUUUUUUUUAAAAAAUAAUUUUUAUUCAUUUUUGAACAUAUUAAUUGUCAUACAUACCACAAAGUUUCACAUCCUAUACAAUCUUUUUGGACUUCCAUCAGCACCUCUGAUGACCCCCCAUUUUUAUCAUUUCUUCUGCAUCUCUUAAAUUCAUAUUGCCUUUAAUUAUCUUAACUAACGUCUUCCUUUUUAUCCAACUAUGCAAUAAUUCAAAUUAUUCACCUCACAAAACUUCUUGCAAACCUACAAAUGUAAUCUGGUCAUCACAAUUACUUUUCAAAUAGUCCGUAAAUUUACACCAAUCUUCUGUGAAUCUGUGGUCCCGCAGGUUUCGAAUUCUUCCUGUUAGUUUGUCUAAUUCUGCAUAGUCCAUCAAUUUCAUCCUCCAAUCUUCUUUCGAAUGGCCGCACAUUCACGGGGAGCUUGGUUUUCAGUUCUACAGGGUUUUCCUGUUGAAAGGGCCUUUGCAGAAGAUUGCCCAAGCGCAAGCAACGCACAACAGCCGUUGUUCUCUCUAGAAUGUGAGGCUGUGAGCAAGAGCAAUUGCAGAACCCAUACCGAACGUGGCCUCCUUCUAAUCCCAUAAUUCUCUCGCCCCACUAGUUUCUCGAGUCCGUACGACCCCUGAAAACAGAUGCAGAGUUCCAGCGGAUGGCAGGUCUCGCCCGUGACUUUGAACGGACCCUGGGGCCGCGCUUGCAGUGGUACCUGAAACUUAAGUCUUGGUGGGCAUCUAACUAUGUGAGUGGCCCCUAAAAUGGGAUUUCGGGGCAGGGUGGGGGCAGCUCCUUCAGCUGUGUUGUGCUGCGCAUGGAGAACGUGUGGGUCUUUUUAAUUCUCCUUUUCGAACCUCAUACCUUGCCCAGGUGAGUGACUGGUGGGAAGAGUACGUCUAUCUCCGUAGCCGAGGCCCCCUGAUGGUAAAUAGCAACUAUUAUGGCAUGGUGAGUUUCAGACACUGGGAGAAGUUUUUGGGAGGGGAGGGAAGGGGUGCUUCACUUUAGUCUCUGCUGACACACACACACCCUUUCUGUAUACCUUUUUAAAAAAAAAAAAUGAUUUAUUUGGUUUUUCAGAUUAAAAUUUUACAGUCCAGCAUGCAACAUAAAAACAAAAUUCCAAGGAAUCUCUUGGGCUUCCCUCUUGCCCUUUGUGGGCCCCAUUGUUAAUCAUUUCCUCCUGCAUCUUUUAUAACAAUCCAAAUCUUUUAUCUCUCCAUUGUCUCCAAAAUUCACCAUUAAACUGCAAGUGAUAUUCCAAUCCUACUAACGAUUUUAACUGUUUACAAUGGUCUUUAAGAUAAAUUACAAUUUCCCCCCAUUCAUUAUUAAAAAUUUGGACUUCCUGAUUUCUGAUUCUUCUGCUCAUUGUAGCCAUUCUGGCAUAAUCCGUCAAUUUGAUCUGCCAUUCUUCUCUUCUUUCCAUCUCUGGGCCAAUAACAUCCACGCAGUUGUGGUCGCAUAUAUAAAUAAUCUUUUUUGCUCCAUUGGGAUUUCAGCAUGUAGAAUUCCCAAAAGAAAGGCUUCAGGUUUUUAAGGUUAUUUUAAACAUUUUCCCUCCAACUCACUAUAUAUCAUUUCCCAAAAUUAUUUUACUACCUUACGUUUCCACCACGGAUGAUAAAAGGUGCCUUCUUUUUCUUUACAUUUCCAGCAUACAUUUGACCCCGUUUUAUAAAUUUUUGCUAAUUUACUUGGAGUUAAAUACCAACGGUACAUCAUUUUCAUAGAAUUUUCUUUUAACGUAUAACACGCUGUGAAUUUUAACUUUCUGCGUACCAAUUUUUUUUUUAGGAUUUCAUUUACGUAACCCCAACCCCAAUCCAGGCAGCUCGUGCUGGGAAUCUCGUCUACGCCAUGUUGCUGUACCGACGGAAACUCACACGGGAAGAGAUCAAACCGGUAAGUGAGAUCAAAGUAUAUGAUGGGAUGGAGGGGCACAGCCAGUAGGUAGUGUGAACUCCCUCUCCCUAAAUGGGGAACUGGAAGUCAGCUUGAGAAGUAGGACGAAUGAGGUUGCUGUCAACUUGUUGGGAUGUUUGUGUGUGUGUGUUUGUUUGUGAGUAUAGGAUAGAAGCAUAGCAGGUGCCUAGUUGGCUAGUGUAGCUUUAUAAACCCAGACCACACCCAUACCUUUGAAGCACUCUUGUAGCACUGCAACAGUCGUAGCCUCCUCCAAAGAAUCCUGGGAACUGUAGUUUUUAAAGGGUGACAAGAGUGGUUAGGAGAACCUCAACUAACUACAGUUCCCAGGAUGUUCUGGGGGAAGCUGUGGCCAUUAAAGUGGUACAAGGGUGCUUUUAUUGCUAGUGCACUUCACUUUGUUAAACCACCCUUCCCCUGCAUUAAAUUGCACCUUACAUUGCAAUGGAAUGCAAUUAGCUCCUUCUCCUUGUUUUCUCUUCCUGGUCCAAUUGCUGUGACUGGCUGAGCUUGCAGAAGGAGCAAGCAGGAUCAAAGACAAGAACUUGGGGUGUGGCAAGGUGUAGAUAUAGAAUGUUUUGUUGGCUUCGUAAGAUGGACUAAGACUACUGGGCUAGCAAACACCAGCGUUGCUGGCUGUGGCAUAGCAACAGCCCGUAGAGUUGCUCUUUAUUUAAUAUUCUUGCAUCCCACCCAUUUUCCAAGGAGCUCAGGAAGCUGAGCUGAGAGACAGUGACUUGCAAAAGGCACUGGGCAUACAGUCUGUAUGGGGUACCAUUCCAGCUUGAGGGCUCUUAUGCCAUUCUGAGCAGCCUCCCAAGGGCCGCAUAUGAUAGGUGGGCGGGUCCAGAAGCAAAAGUGGGCAGGACAACAUAUGCAAAUUUUACCUUUGUGCACUAGACUUUGUUUCUGCACGCAGCACUCUCUAUCCUUCGUCUGGAGAAGCAAAAGGCAUUAAGAGUUCAAGGAUGUGGUCUAGCCAAGUCAAAACACUCAGGGGGGUGAAGCAGGGCCAGCAAGGAGUGUGGCCUCUGGAAAGUUCAGAGAGCGAGAUAGUGUGUCCUAGAGGGCCACAUUCAGCCCCUGGGAUAAAGGAAUCCAUAUUCCUACACCAGGCAUAGGCAAACUCGGCCCUCCAGAUGUUUUGGGACUGCAACUCCCAUCACCCCUAGCUAACAGGACCAGUGGUCAGGGAUGAUGGGAGUUGUAGUCCCAAAACAUCUGGAGGGCUGAGUUUGUCUAUGCCUGUCCUACACCAUUGCCUCACUAUAGGCCUAAUAGCAACUUUGAGGUCUAAUCUUGAUUGGCAGCAUGGUGGGGGGAGGACAAAACACCCUCCCUCCAGCGCUCUGGUGCAAAAUGGAGCUCCCACAGCUGCCGAAAAGUAAAAACAGAACUUCAAGCAAAGCAGAUUCCCUCCACCGUGAGUGUUUUGCGUUGACCCUUAAGUCCAGCCCUCUUCUCCACUGUGAUUGCUUUGGUCUUUUGGAAGCAGGCAGCACAGAAACAGGGCAGAGGGGCUACUUGGUGAGGGCAGGGCUGGAGGUGACCGGCUUAUACAUGAACCCAAAGCUGCCAGUAUUAUGCCUGAAGUUUCCCACCUGGGCAGAGAGCAAGCUUUGCUCUAGGUGCUGUGUACAAUGGUCUGCUUGCCAGUCAUGUUGCUAGAGCCAGUGUGGUGUAGUGGUUAAGAGCGGUAGACUCGUAAUCUGGGGAACCGGGUUUGAUUCCCUGCUCCUCCACAUGCAGCUGCUGGGUGACCUUGGGCCAGUCACACUUCUCUGAAGUCUCUCAGCCCCACUCACCUCACAGAGUGUUUGUUGUGGGUGAGGAAGGGAAAGGAGAAUGUUAGCCGCUUUGAGACUCCUCAGGGUAGUGAUAAAGCGGGAUAUCAAAUCCAAACUCCUCCUCCUGAUCAAAGCUACACACAUGUGAAGGGUGCAUUUGUAGCUUCCUCUUUCUUAGUAUCUGGCAUGGAAUUCCCACAUGUUUUAUAAUUCCAGCUCUCCUUUUAAGAAAUGUAUUUACGUCUGGAUUUUUAAUUUUUUUUUAAGUUCCCCAACCAAGCUAGGUUCACUGAGUGUCUUAAAAAUAACCGCAGAUCUCUUCCAUGUUUGGUUCCAUAACCCCUGCAUCUAAACCUGAGCUUGCCUCCCAUCUGAAAACAGAACAUCACCCAAAAUUCCUUCAUCCCCCUCUGUGCGGCCCAAUGGGAACGUCUCUUCAAUACCACCCGGUUGCCUGGGGUGGGGAAGGGUAAGUGAAUCAGGGGGUAUUAUGAAACACUCCACCCCGCCCCCACCCACUGUGGGGCCUUUUGCAGGGCAAGUCUGCUUCAGGGUAUCUCUUGGUGGGUUUUCUGACCUAGUCCAGGUACUAACACCUUUUUUCAACACUUUAUAUUUCUGGGGUUUCAGCUUACAGCAAGGAUCUACUGCACCCUGUCUUGCCUGCAGCCUGUGGGUUACAAAAUCAGGAAUGCCACCCUGGAAUUUGCAAUCUGAGCUUUGCCUACCCGGUUCAGUUCCGUGUCAGAAGGACUUUCAGUGUUGCUCAAAGCUGAUGGUUGCCCUCCUUUUUUUCUUUUCUUUCUUUCUUCCCCAAGUCAUUUGGCUGGCACAUUUCCUUGACUGCUACUCUUUCUCAAUCUCUCCCUUUCUCUCUCUUCGCUUCCCACGCCUCUCCAGCUGAUGAUUCAAGGCGGCCUUCCCAUGUGCUCAGCUCAGUACGAACGCAUGUUUAAUACAACCCGUAUCCCAGGCAUGGAGGGAGGUAGGAUCCUCUCGCAACCCUUGCUUCCCUUCCCUGACAUCAUCACCCCAAAGUAUCCACACUCAUUGUUACCUGUGGUGCUGGGAAGCACUCACCAUUCCUAUUUAACCCUCUCUGUAACCUUAACUGUUACAAGAAGAGAUGCGGGUGGCGCUGUGGUCUAAACCACCCAGCCUCUCGGGCUUGCCGAACAGAAGGUCAGCAGUUUGAAUCCCCGUGACGGGGUGAGCUCCCGUUGCUCUGUCCCAGCUCCUGCCAACCUAGCAGUUCGAAAGCAUGCCGGUACAAGUAAAUAAAUAGGUACCACUGUGGCAGGAAGGUAAACGGUGUUUCCCUGCUCUCUGGCUUCCGUCACAGUGUUCCAUUGCACCAGAAGUGAUUUAGCCCCAUAGUCGCCUUUGACUGGAUGUAACCAUCCAGGAGUUCUUUACCUUACCUUUUACAAGGAGAAGGGAAUCUAGUUAACCUCCUGGCAGGGGCAUCCUGGGGAUGGGAAAACAGAAGCAGGGCAAUGUCUCUCAUUGUCCACUUUCCGCCAAGCAGCAGAGAUGAUUUCAAAGGGCAAGAAUGUUCCACCGCUUUUAGAUUGCUCCGUCAGUAGAGCAGGAGACCCUUAAUCUCAGGGUUGUGGGUUCAAGCCCCACGCUGGGCAAAAAGAUUCCUGCACUUCAGGGGGUUGGACUAGAUGACCCUCGCGGUCCCUUCCAACUCUACAGUUCUGUGAUUCUAAGUUGGGGAGAACUCUCCCAGAACUUUUGUGUAGGCAAACUUGUAGAAGACAAAGUUGGUAGAUGGGAGACUCGAGUCAGAAUGGGUGGCACUGAAGCAGGUGGCAUUAGAAUAGAUCAGCGAGUGGAAUUUUAGGGUGAAGGUGGGAGAAUCUGGCCUGGGAAUAGUCUGCCAACAUUGGGUGCCAGGGUGGUGAUUCUCUAAUGUCGUCUAGAAACAGUAAAACGAAGAUUAGCCAGAUUAGGCUAUGUUCUCCCUCGGCUGCCUAAGGCAGUACGCCUCUCUGAAUACCAGCCACUGGGAAUCACAAGUGGGCAGAGCACUGUUGCACUGGGGCCUGCCUUCUUCUGGGCUUCCCUUGGGCAUCUGGUCAGCCAUGGAGAGAGCAGAAGGCUGGCCAGCAAUGGGUCAUUGGCCUGACCCUGCAGGGCUCUUCUUAUGCUAAUAAUGUCCCUCGGCAAACAAGGCUGUAGCUGGUGCCUCCCAAAGCGCCUGUACCCUCUGAGAGCAAAUGCUGGAGGCUAGGCCUAAGGUCUGUGUGCCCAUCCUUAAAAUCUGUAAUAUUUGUACACAAAACUGGCACACUGGCCCCCUACGUCCCACAGUGAUUGCUUUGACUGUCCCCCAUCACUAGGACAGGGGACAAGCAGACAGAUCGGCUCCUUAUUUGCGGUUGUUAUUUAACUUAUUUAUUUAUUAAAUUUAUAUACCGCCCUUCAGGGCGGUUCACCACAGAAUAAAAUACAAGAUCAAACACAAGUAAAUAAUUAAACCGAAACAACAAAACAAUCACCCUCCCCUCCUUUCCCACAGACACAUUAAAAAGGGCUGUAGAAUAUUAAUCAGCCAAAAGCCUGGUUGAAAAGGAACAUUUUCACCUGGUUCCUAAAAAUACUAUUAUUAUUAUUAUUAUUAUUAUUAUUAUUAUUGGGGGCAACCCACUUGAAGGAAGUUUACACCCAAGGAGAGUUUGGGGCCAGGCGGCGCUUUGCAGGAACUCAAAUGGGAACAGUCUUUGGGAAGGGGGACGUAUGAUUUGUGAUGUUUCCAAACCGUUUUUUUGGAUACAGGUGUUUUUAACACCCAGGUGGCUUCAUUUGUGGCAUUAAAUCAAAUGGGCAACCAGGAUUUGCAAAGAGGAAACCAGGCACCAGCUUCAGCCUUGUCUUGAUUGUGUGGGGCACCCCACACCAUUGCACCCUCACCUUAGAGCGCUCCUAUACUACUUUAAUAGUAUGGCUCCCCCCCCAAAGGAAUCCUGGGAACUGUGGCUGGUUAAGGGUGCUGGGAGGGGUCUCCCUAAGUGUAUGGUGUGGAUGGUCCUCUGGGAAUCUGAUCUGAGGCUGCAGAACUCUCCUGAUGUGAUGCUCCUCGCUCCAUAGACACCAUUCAGCACCUGAGGGAUAGCAAGCACAUUGCAGUGUACCAUGCUGGCCGCUUCUUCCGGGUCUGGCUAUACCACAACGGGAGGCUGAUGCGCCCACGCGAGCUUCAGGCACAGUUUCAGCAGAUCCUAGAUGACCCCACACCUCCUCUGCCUGGCGAGGAAAAAUUGGGUGCCCUGACUGCAGCUGACAGGUGAGCCUAAACUCCCUUCACUUGACUCUGGUCACACAAGACUUUGGUCAAUCCAAGUGAUUUGGGGCGGGCGGGAACUUGAGACAUACUCAGCCUUCCCUGAUACUCCUCUGCACUACCCUGUUAAUAAGGGACGCAGGUGGCGCUGUGGGUAAAAACUCAGUGCCUAGGACUUGCCGAUCGUAUGGUCGGCGGUUCGAAUCCCCGCGGCGGGGUGAGCUCCCGGCUUUCGGUCCCAGCUCCUGCCCACUUAGCAGUUCGAAAGCACCCCUAGGUGCAAGUAGAUAAAUAGGUACCGCUUUAUAGCGGGAAGGUAAACGGCGUUUCCGUGUGCUGCGCUGGUGCCGGCUCGCCAGAGCAGCUUCAUCACGCUGGCCACGUGACCCGGAAGUGUCUCCGGACAGCGCUGGCCCCCAGCCUCUUAAGUGAGAUGGGCGCACAACCCUAGAGUCGGACACGACUGGCCCAUACGGGCAGGGGUACCUUUACCUUUUACCACUGUAAUAAUAAUAAUAAUAAUGAUGAUGAUGAAUGGGCCACCUGUUGCCCAGAUGUUUGAGUCCAAUCAGGAAUAAGGAAAAAACUUUUAACUGCCCAUAUGUUUCCAAGCCAAACUUAGGGCCUUUAUAUUAAUUUACAAAGCCUGUAACGUAUGGGGUCCCGCAUACAUUCAGCUUGAUCGUUGAGAUCUGCUGGUGGAAUACUGUUACUUUAUUCAAUGAGUUUCACAAAAUGCUGCAGACUUUGGGUGGGGGUGGGGGGAAAGAGAGGAUGGAGAUAGAGUGGUUUUUAGAUUCCAGGUGACGGGCAAUGAUUUUCCAGCUGCUGCCAUCAAGCCAGUCAGUUAUCCACCCGAACUGGCAGUCCCGUGACAGGCAGACCUCCCCAAGUCAUGGUUCCCUUAACUUUUUGCAGAGACCCCUGGGCCCGGGCCCGCCAAACCUACUUCCGGUCUGGGGUGAAUGAGCAGUCGCUGAGCAUAGUGGAGAAAGCUGCCUUCUUCGUCACCCUGGACACCAGCGAGCAGGGGCUGCAGGGACCCAAUCCAAGUCAGGCGCUGGAUGCCUACUCAAAGUCCCUUUUGCACGGGCGCUGCUGCGACAGGUGGGUGCUCCCUGGGCUGCCUAAAAUUGCAUCACAUGCUCUUUUGUCUCCAUCCUGCAAGUACUACCACAAACUGUACCCCACUUCAUAGGGCUCAAUAGUGUCCCUGACAACACACACACACACACACACACACACACACUUCAUGCAAGAGAACUUUACUUUUUCUUUGACAGGUUUUUGGCCCACUGGGUCAAAUCGCCAUCACUCCACCGGCACCUGGAGUUAACAGAACUGGAGAGGGUUCUGAUGUAAAUGGUAUAAGGCAGAUUGGCUUUCCUUUUUGUUGGGAUGGAUUUGGAAAGCUGUGUAGCUUUCUAUAAUUAUCCGGGGUGCCUUUGGCAGACUGGAUUACCCCACUAAACAAAAUAACAAGACAAAAGUCUGUAAUGUAAAAAAAUAAAAAUAGUGUUUACUUACAUAAAGUUGCAGGCUUGAUUCAAGUGGAAAAUAGCAGUGAAAUGAGUCAGGCAGAAUAUCUUUCUAUGUUACAAAAUACAUGGUUUGGGUCAAAGAUGGUGCCUCUCCUCAAGAGGGCACAGACCCUGCAUCCUAUCCCUACAGCUACAUGACAAAAAAAGAGACUGUUCCUCAGAUGGGAGGAAGUGGUAAGAAUUAUCUUCCUAUUUUUACCUGUCUUGCCUGGGCAAACAGAGGAUAUUACCUCACAGAGUGCCCUCUCUAGGAAUGCACAAGGAACUCCAUGUGUCCUAACCCUUUGCUCACCUAGCAAACGAAUUUUCUAUUUUGAUUGGAGCAUCGUUUUCUCACUCUGUAGUCCGUUUCUUUCGAUUACUCCUCCUUUCUUUUACGUGGGAUGACUAGAGCAUUCACAUGGUUCUUUCUCUGCUGUCCCCCCACUUUGAGAGAACCAGCCAGGGGUCCGUAAGGCUGGGUGUGUUGACUCAUGCUGAGCCUCUCUUGGUUCCCUUUUCCCGGGAGACCUCACGGGCAUAUUUGGGUGGCAAUGGCAUCAUGGCACGAAGAGUAAGGCUUGCAGGAUGGCGUCCAUCUUUUCACUCAAAGCCCGUUUUCCCAACAGGUGGUUUGACAAAUCCUUCACGCUGAUUGUUUACCGCAAUGGGAAGUCCGGCAUCAAUGCAGAGCAUUCGUGGGCUGACGCCCCCAUUGUGGCACAUCUCUGGGAGGUAAAAGCCCAACUUUGGGAUGGGAUGGGAGGGGUGGAGGGUGUGAAGGACUGAGAGCAAGGACUCCUGGAACCUCUGAAGGUGAGCUCUAAGGGGUGGGGGGCUUGGGGCAAGAGGUGCAGGGAUGAAAAGCAAAAUAGUUCUCACCCAGACGCUCUUUUCCCCCCACCCCACAGUACACCAUUGCCACAGAUGCAUUUACGCUGGGGUACGAUGCUAACGGGAACUGCAAAGGGGACAUGGAUUCCAGCAUCCCCCCGCCCCAGAAAUUACAAUGGGAUAUCCCACCAGAGGUGAGUGCAGAGAGGUAUUGGGACAAGAAAAACUGAGGCAGGUGAGCUUGGCUGAGGAAGGACAGCAUGGAUCCAUGUGAGUAAAGGUAAAGCCAAAGGACCUCUGGAUGGUUACGUCCAGUCAAAGGCGACUAUGGGGUUGUGGCGCUCAUCUCGCUUUCAGGCCGAGGGAGCCGGCGUUUGUCCACGGACAGCUUUCCGGGUCAUGUGGCCAACAUGACUAAACCGCUUCUGGCACAACAGAACAUCAUGACGGAAACCAGAGAGCAUGGAAAUGCCGUUUACCUUUCCGCCGUAGCGGUACCUAUUUAUCUACUUGCACUGGUGUGCUUUCGAACUGCUAGGUUGGCAAGAGCUGGGACCGAGCAACAGGAGCUCACCCCGUCGCGGGGAUUCAAACCGCCGACCUUCUGAUCGGCAAGCCCAAGAGGCUCAGUGGUUUAGACGUUGAGUAGCCUAAGCUCAACUGAGGAAGUGCCAGAGGACACAGAUGUGGUUAUGAGCAGUGUGGGAGCUUGGAGAUGCCCGAGAGAGAUGAAGGUUUCUUCCUUCUGUUACUGUUGCGGUAUGCUAAGGGUACAUACAGACACGGCAGCCAUCUCCAUCUUUUCUGUCGAGGUGAGCAUGGCUUUCACCCAUCUUUACUGUUUCUGAGGUUUUUGAUGCAGUGCUGGCUGCAGACAGUAGUCCCUGGCUGAUGGCCAGUUCUGUACAAUGUGAGCUGGCUGAUGACAGCUGUAUUCCCUCCUCCCCUCCACCCAGAGCAUUUUUCAGUGUUUCAUUGACAGAUCGUGCUUUUAAAAUGAAAAAGUGUCACUGUAACAAUCGUGCAUUUAUCCAUUCACUGGAAGACUGGGGAUGGACAAAGCUUCUCCUUAUCUUCAAAAAGAUGGGGGAAAACAGGUCCUGGAAGACCAGCAGCUGUCAUCCUUGAUGUUGAAACUGGGCAAACAUCUAGAGGAGAUGAUUAAGCAGUCAGUUUGCGAGCGUUUAGAAAAGAACGCAUCGAUUAUUAGGAGCCAGCUUUAGUUUAGUCAUUCAAAAUUAAUCUUAUCUCCUUUUUUUGAUACUUGCUAAUUGUGGUAGAUCGUGGGAAAGCUGUGGACACAGUAUAUUUUGACUCCAGGAAGACAUUUCACAAGGUCUCCCAUGCUAAGCUUGCUACAAGAUGGUAACGUGGGCUGAGUUAGAUUGGGGGGAUCCACAUCUGGCUGAACAACCACAGCCAACGGAUGCUAAUUAUUGACUCUUUGUCAGCCUGGAGGAAGAGCUUAAGUGGCGUGCCACAUGGUUCAAUCUUUAUCCCUGUGCUAUUCAAUAUUUUUAUAAUAAAGAGGGGGUUGCGCAGUGCAAGAAAAGUAAUGAACGGGUACCAGGAAGGUACCUAUGGCCAGGUUUUUUCUGUCCUGGAGGGCUGCAGCUAAGGGUCCAAUGCCAAAGAUGUCACCUGGGCCUCUGGUGACAGAGUUGCAUCAAAAAACAUGAUGGGCAGAGGAAACAGCAGGGCAGAGGAACCUCCCAAGGUCACACUUCCUACAGGCCCUUCCCCACUCCCUCCUUUUUUGACAGACUAGAAGGUGUCCUUAAAGUCUUAACAGUGCAUCAUGCUUGGGUGGGGAAUAGAGUGUGAGUUGUGUAGAAACUGGCUUACUAUACAAAAGGAAAACAAUGGCAACAAGUAUUACUAUUUACUCGCCCUUCAAACUAAGGUCCCAGGGUGGGUUACGGUGAUUUAAAAUACAGUCAUAUCUUGGAUCCCGAAUGCCACAAACCCGGAAGUGAGUGUUUGCGAACAUUCUUUGGAACCCGAACGUCCAGUGAGGCUUCCGAUUGGCUGCAGGAGCUUCCUGUAGCCAAUCAGAGGCCACGCCUUGAUUUCCAAACAUUUUGGAAGUCGAACGGACUUCUGCUUCCGAAGUAAAGGUAAAGGGACCCCUGACCAUUAGGUCCAGUCGUGGCCGACUCUGGGGUUGCAGUGCUCAUCUCGCUUUAUUGGCCAAGGGAGCCGGCGUACAGCUUCCGGGUCAUGUGGCCAGCAUGACUAAGCCACUUCUGGCGAACCAGAGCAGCGCACGGAAACACCGUUUACCUUCCCGCCGGAGCGGUAUCUAUUUAUCUACUUGCACUUUGACGUGCUUUUGAACUGCUAGGUUGGCAGGAGCAGGGACCGAGCAACGGGAGCUCACCCCGUCAUGGGGAUUCGAACCGCCGACCUUCUGAUCGGCAAGUCCUAGGCUCUGUGGUUUGACCCACAGCGCCACCCACUUCUGAGGUACCACUGUACACUAAAACAGUUUCAAAAUGCAUUAAAACUGUUUCAAAAACUAAGAGUAGCCAACCAAAAUCACAAAAAAUAUAUAAGGUACUUGCUGAAAAUGCACAUCUCAAGCGUCAAAGGUAAAAAAUGCUGCAAAGAGAGCAACUCCAUCUGGAAUUGUGUUGAGCACCAUCUCACCUGGCAGGUGAGCCCUGACCGUUGGUUACUGCUUCCCCUACUGUCUGCUCUGUGUCCUCAUUCUCCUGUUGUUCCCGUUUUGUCCACAGUGCCAACAGGUAAUCCUGCAGUCCUUGUCCGUGGCCUUGGCCCUGGCUAAUGACAUAGACUUCAACGCCUUCCCCUUCAAGGAAUUUGGAAAAGGCCUCAUCAAGAAGUGUCGCAUCAGCCCAGACAGCUUCAUCCAGCUCUGCCUUCAGCUCGCACAUUUUCGGGUAUGUCGCUUGGCGAGAUGAAGGUACUGGCAGGCAGGGAGGCAGGCAGGCAAGCAAGAGGCAGAGUCCCCAGGCUUGGCUGGCCCCCAAAGUGUCACAACCACCAGCCAAAUGCACGGGAGCCAAAGCCCCUUCUCCCCAGGCCAGACUGGCUGGUAGCUCUGGUGAGGUUUUUUCCCCAUCAGUGAGAACCAGCCGGAGCUAUUUAUUACUUUUAAAGGCUUUCAUAGAAUCAUAGAAUUGUAGAGUUGGAAGGGACUCCCAGGGUCAUCUAGUCCAACCCUCUGCAAUGCAGGGAUCUCCACUAGAUCAUACAUUACAUCCAACCUCUGCUUAAAAACCUCCAGGGAAGGAGAGUAUGUUAAGUAUAAAAAGGUAAAGGACCCCUGGAUGGUUAAGUCCAGUCAAAGGCGACUAUGGGGUGCGGCACUCAGUAUAAUUAACGUUUAAUUGCACACCAAAAUGGAAAAUGCCCGUAUGUGUAUUGCUAAGGGUUUAACACUGGAAAAUUUCGUUGAAGUAUACUAAAGUUAGGAAGAGCUCUCUAAGCUCCUAGAUGGAUUGACAAUUAACUGUUGAUGUUCUCUGCUCUUUCACGUGGUGUUUGACUUUAGAUCACGUGAGUAAGGUAUUUAGUUGCAAAUCACCAUUUUGAAGGGCCUUUAGUUCCCAAACACAGUGGGACAAAGAUGUUCAAAGGAGUCUCUCUAGGAGAGAAAAACAGCUCCAGGCUAAUGGAGGCUAUAGAGAUUUUAAGUCUGUUUGGAGUAAUCUAAUAUCACUAAGGUGAACCUAUAGUCUGACAAGCACAUGUCUUAUGGAACUAUUUGGACGUAUCAUCUGUUUCUGUACCUAUUUUGAAGAAGAUUCUGUAAAGCUUCAGAAUCUUUUUAUGGACAAUUUUUUUUCCAGGAGGAAUCUUUUUAUGCAUCCAUUUGCUUCAAGCUGUACAGUAUUAAUUUCUGCAAUAGAGUACACCACCUCUCUUGGUUCUAUUGUGAUUGUAUGGAUGGGAUAAUUUGAGUUCUGUGAUUUUGUGAUGACAACUCAGCUUCCCCUGCCCUAGCAGGGCUGUUGUUCUCUUCUCGCAAUUUGUGGCAGCUGCAUUAUAGCUUAAGGUAAAGGUAAAGGGACCCCUGAUCUUUAGGUCCAGUUGUCACCGACUCUGGGGUUGCGGCGCUCAUCUCACUUUAUUGGCCAACGAAGCCGGCAUACAGCUUCCGGGUCAUGUGGCCGGCAUGACUAAGCUGCUUCUGGCGAACCAGAGCAGCUCAUAGAAACGCUGUUUACUUCCCCGCCAGAGCGGUACCUAUUUAUCUACUUGCACUUUAACGUGCUUUUGAACUGCUAGGUUGGCAGGAGCAGGGACCGAGCAAUGGGAGCUCACCCCGUCGCGGGGAUUCGAACCACCGACCUUCUCAUCGGCAAGUCCUAGGCUCUGUGGUUUAACCCACAGCGCCACCCGCGUCCCUUGCAUUAUAGCUUAGCUAUAGAUUAAAUCUGUCCCCACCUCAAUCCACCUGCAGAUCCAGAGGCAAGCCUGUCCCCUAUACUCAGCCAAGCGUUCCUCUCUCCCUAUUUUUAGGACAAGCAAAAGUUCUGCCUCACCUACGAGGCAUCCAUGACCCGUCUCUUCCGGGAGGGCCGCACAGAAACAGUCCGCUCCUGCACCAUUGAGUCAUGCAACUUUGUCAAGGCCAUGAUGGAUCCUACCCAGAACGUAAGUCUUGAAAUGCAGCCUUUGCCAGAGGAAUCAGAUCCAAAAUUUCGUGUACGUUAAGAAUAAUCCUGCCUUCUGGAAUGAAGUCAGCAAAACGGUCAGAAUUGCAUAAAUGAGCCACGCUUUAAUGUUUUCAGUACAGUGGUACCUCGGGUUACAUACGCUUCAGGUUACAUACGCUUCAGGUUACAGAUUCUGCUAACCCAGAAAUAGUACCUCGGGUUAGGAACUUUGCUUCAGGAUGAGAACAGAAAUCGUGCUCCAAUGGCGCGGCAGCAGCAGGGGGCCCCAUUAGCUAAAGUGGUGCUUCAGGUUAAGAACAGUUUCAGGUUAAGAAUGGACCUCCGGAACGAAUUAAGUACUUAACCCAAGGUACUACUGUACUCAGUUUCUACUCCUUGCCUCUUUUUUUAUUAUUGCAAAAUUUUCAAUUUUAUAUUUUAAAGUUGGGAUCAGGGAUUGACAUAGCAGACCAUAGCAUGAAGAUUAGGAGUUGCUCUCCCAUACAUACAGUGCCACUUCAGAUGCUGUCUAUCUUCUAAGUGCCAAUUCUAGUUCAAUGAGGACUAGAAACUUGAUACUAAGUGGGAGGCAGGUGUUCUCAGGAUUUAGGCCAAUACCACUAGAUUAGAUGCUCUGCUGGAUGUUGUGACUUCCGCCAUCCAGAUUCCCAGUGUCCUUACUACCAAAUAGAUGCAUGGGACCCUGAUAGGGAGGGAAGAGCAGUGUGUGCUUACACCAUAGACACCUGGUGAGCCCCUCUGGGGAAGGCGCUUCACAAUUGGGGUGCCACCACGGACAAGGCCCUGUCCCCAGUAGCCACCCAUUUGCCCCUCACCUGCGGAGGGGUCAGCGAAGAAGAGCCUCUUGUGGGUUGGCCACAUGGGGAGAGGUGAUCCUUCAGGUCAAUAGGAAAGGAGGAAUCAGCAGAGACUAGGAAAUGUGGAAGGUGCAGCGUAAGAUUUUCUCAGCAUCUUCACCUGCUAUUCAUUCCCAGGAUGGCACAAGGUUACGUCUGUUGCGUGUGGCAGCUGAGAAGCACCAGAACCUUUACCGGCACGCCAUGACAGGUGCUGGCAUUGACAGGCAUCUCUUCUGUCUGUAUGUCGUCUCCAAAUAUCUCGGCCUAGACUCCCCCUUUCUGCACGAGGUAAGUGUUGUCGAGUCAGGUGUGUGUGUGUGUGUGUGCGUGGUGCUAGGGUAAAGGUAAAGGGACCCCUGACCAUUAGGUCCAGUCGUGACCAACUCUGGGGUUGUGGUGCUCAUCUUGCUUUAUUGGCCGAGGGAGCCGGCAUACAACUUCCGAGUCAUGUGGACAGCAUGACUAAGCCGUUUCUGGCGAACCAGAGCAGCGCACGGAAACGCCGUUUACCUUCCCUUCCAGAGCGGUACCUAUUUAUCUACUUGCACUUUGACGUGCUUUCGAACUGCUAGGUUGGCAGGAGCAGGGACCGAGCAACGGGAGCUCACCCCGUCAUGGGGAUUCGAACCGCUGACCUUCUGAUCGGCAAGUCCUAGGCUCUGUGGUUUAACCCACAGUGCCACCCGCGUCCCAGGGUGCUAGGGUACAUGUAUGUAAAAGUAAGGCUAGGGAAUGUAGGCGUAGUCAGUGAUGCUUUUAUUCCCAGGGUAUAUUUUGAACCAAUCAGGAGUGUGAAGGUCCCCACCUAACAUGUUCUUGCCCAAUCGAAGAAAAGCAAGAAAUUGGCUUCACUGUGUUGUUGAUUGGAAUUACCUUGUUUGUUUUUAACAAAAAAUACUUCCUUUUACUGAUUUUUUUUGCUUGCUCUGGUUCCUUUUCCCAGGAGUUUUAAAAUAUGCCAUGGCUGCUCUAUCCAGAGGUGUUACGAGACACAUAUCUGCCUUGGUCAUUUUUUGUUAGUCAUCCACAUUGAUAUUUUGCAUUUUGGUCUUCAAUCAGUGUUGAAUUUCACUGCCAACACAAGCUGCGAAUCGUGCAUGCUCGAAUUUGUUGUCUGGGUGGGUCAUGGCAUACUUGGAACGCUAGCGAGUCUGCUUAUUUUUCCACUUUCCAUGGGGCGCCCAGCAAUUUGGGGACAUGUUGACUCGUACAGCUGACUGGUUCAAAUUUCAGUCUGCCGGAGAGUUUGGGAACCCCUUGCUGGGAUGUGAAGAACCACAAAGAAUCCGAAGCAGAGGUUUGCCAGUGUGGUGCUUGCUGGCACACACGGCUGUUCACAGAUGCCUUUUUCUGGUGCCUGCAGGGUUGCAUUUCCCUGUUGGAUGUAGGCUUGAAAGAAGCAUUUUGUUGUAGUUAAUAGAGCAAGUUGCAGUGGUGGUGGAGACCCAUGGCAGCUUCUACACUUUGCAGAUGUGCCUGUGAGCAGAAAAAGGUUUGACAAUCUAGAGUCAGGUGAAGGAUAGGUAAAGGUAAAGGGACCCCUGACCAUUAGGUCCCUUGUGACCGACUCUGGGGUUGAGGUGCUCAUCUUGCUUUAUUGGCCGAGGGAGCCAGCGUGCAGCUUCCGGGUCACGUGGCCAGCAUGACUAAGCGGCUUCUGGUGAACCAGAGCAGCACACGGAAACGCCGUUUACCUUCCCGCCAGAACGGUACCUAUUUAUCUCCUUGCACUUUGACGUGCUUUCGAACUGCUAGGUUGGCAGGAGCAGGGACCGAGCAACGGGAGCUCACCCCGUCGCGGGGAUUCGAACCGCCGACCUUCUGAACGGCAAGUCUUAGGCUCUGUGGUUUAACCCACAGCGCCACCCACGUCCCAGGUGAAGGAUAGGCAGGUGCAGAAAGGGUUGGAAACACAAAUCUUCACCCUGAAGGCGUAACUUAUUUGUUGAAGCAGCAGCUAGGCGAAACCAGAUGUUAUCUGGGUGACGGUGUGGGCCAACCCAUAGCUGAGACGGAAGAAAAUGCAGCGGUAGGGCUUACGAUAGGCAAGCGAUAGGGAGGACUGUUUAGUGAACCUGUCCUCGUUCACGGAUUAUCCCCUAGAAAUCCUCCUCACCAUAAGUCAGUUGCACCCUAUGCCCUGGUCAGGCAUGUUUCAGAAGUUUACCAACUUUUUUUAAAAAGAAGGAUCUACGGGAGUCGUAUUUACUGGGAUGCACUGGAAGCAGGAGAAGAUUAAAUCCAACACUCGUCUCACCAGUUUCCCCAUGUCACCAGCUUCUGUGCAAGAGUCACCGCUAAUGGUGCAUGUCAGGUUGGGCUUGCUGUGUGUGCAGAAUUGUGACUGUUUCUGAGCAAUGUGCGCACAUGUCUCAGAGAGGUGCGGCCUUCCCUCACAUGGGUGGCAGCAGGAGCCUGUUGCCUCAGUGAAGGGAAUAGGAGAGAUCCUCACCAUUGGUUGCUGCUAGGGUCUUCUUCCCCUAAACGUUGAGGGCUAGAACCUUGCUUAUCAAAAACAAAAUCUGGAAAGCUGGUGGUUGCAGGCACCCGGGUGUGCUGACAUCCCGAUGCCACAGCUCACAGGGUGAGUGGUGUAAAAAGCAAGCCUAGGGUGAGGAAGUCUGGUGAUAGCCAGUAGGUUCCAGGAACCCUCUUUUUGGGGGGUGAUCAGUGAGUUUGUUAGGUCCUGAGCGAGCACCAGGUUUUUUGGGGGGGUGGCUCCUGGGUGAGAGCCAAGAGCCUGAGAAGUGCUGUGGGGACAUGUAUCCAAAGAAGGAACUUUAUAUACAUAUCUAUUUAUCAGUCAUUUGCAUUGACGGUUUAAUUGUGCACCUUUGCUGUUUUUUAGCUUGGAGAUAGCUUGGAGAUAACUUUAAGCAGUACAGUCAUACCUCAGGUUACAGAUACUUCAGGUUGCGUUUUUUCGGGUUAUGGACUCGCCGAAACCCGGAAGUACCGGAACGGGUUACUUCCAGGUUUAGGCGGUCGCGCAUGCGCAGAAGCGCUAAAUUGUGCUUUGCGCAUGCGCAGAAGCACCGAAUCACAACCCCCGCUUGUGCAGACGCGCUGCUGUGGGUUGCGAACGUGCAUCCCGCACGGAUCACGUUCACAACCCGAGUUUCCACUGUAUAGGCAGGGUCUUGAUAAAUAAAAAUAAAUAGCGUUGCUGAUCCUAGCAAUGCAUAAGAUGACCAGUUUAGGCUGAGGAGUCACAGGCCCUCCUGAAAGAUACUGUUUUGAGGGGAGAGGUUCUGUGGGGAGCAGCAAGGGGGGAGGGUACCCAUUGUGGCAGAGCCCCUCACCCGUUUGAUCCUCGGCCCCUUUCUCCCCUCUGCCAGGUGCUGUCUGAGCCGUGGCGACUCUCCACCAGCCAGACUCCCAUUCAGCAGAUGGAGCUCUUUGACCUCCAGAACCACCCAGACUACGUUUCUUUUGGGGGAGGAUUUGGACCGGUGAGUAGACUGUCUCGCCAGAGUGGUGCAUGCUCUGGUUAUCUUAGACUACUGCAAUGCGUUCUGCAUGGGGCUACCUUUGAAGGUGACCCAGAAACUACAAUUAAUCCAGAAUGCAGCAGCUAGACUGGUGACUGGAAGUGGCUGGCGAGCCCACAUAACACCCGUCUUGAAAGACCUACAUUGGCUCCCAGUACAUUUCCGGGCACAAUUCAAAGUGUUGGUGCUGACCUUUAAAGCCCUAAAUGGCCUCAGCCCAGUAUACCUGAAGGAGCACCUUCACCCCCAUUGUUCAGCCCAGACACUGAGGUCCAGCUCCGAGGGCCUUCUGGCAGUUCCCUCUCUGUGAAAAAUGAGGUUACAAGGAACCAGGCAGAGGGCCUUCUCGGUAGUGGCACCCGCCCUGUGGUACGCCCUCCCACCAGAUGUCAAGGAAACAAAGAACUAUCUGACUUUUGGAAGACACCUGAAGGCAGUCCUGUUUAGGGAAGUUUUUAAUGUUUGAUGUUUUAUCAUGCUUGUAAUAUUAUGCUGGGAGCUGCCCAGAGUGGCUGGGGAAACUCAGAUGGGUGGGGUAUAAAUAAAUAAUAAUUGUUGUUGUUUAUUAAGGUCAGGCCUCCAGGGUUCUCUGGGGGGUAUGGUGGAAAGUGGUGGCCGAGUGACUUAGAGCUGGCAGUCUGAGAGCCAGCACUCUCUUGCAUCCUCUAGGAACACUGCUCUGUCGGAUGUGGGAGAGGACAGAGGUCUAAGAUCCGAGUUUCUUUCUCAGGCUGUUUUUCCCCUUUCUCUCCACCCCUGGGCAGGUCGACGACGACGGUUAUGGUGUGUCGUACGUCAUCGUGGGCGAAGAUCUCAUAAACUUCCACGUGUCAUGCAAAUUCUCCAGCAAGGAGACGGUAAGUGUGUGCCAGGAGGGGCACAUAAGCCAUGCUGGGGUGUUAGGGUGCCUCAAUGGAUGGUUAGCAGGCAGGGCUUGGUAGGCAGUGAGCUUCUUACAAGCUGCCUGUAUCGUCUGCGGGGAUUCACUGGCUCAGGGAAUAUUUUGUCACAGACUGGUUGGCUGCGAAGCAAUGGUGCGAGGAACCAGCUAGGGAACCACCAAGGUAAGAUGGCUCAGAGUUUGGGGAGUGGUGGUGGGACAGCAAUGAGUGGUCAGAGGGAGAAGAGGGAGCAGAUUGGGAGGAGGAGGAGUGAGAAGCUGAAGGGGUGACAGGGCUUAGUGAGAAGGGAGAGUCUGUGGCAGAGAGAAGCCAGAAGCAGAUGGAGAGUGGGAUGAGGGAGGCCAAGAGGCAGAGAUGAGUCAGGCUGGUGAAGAGUCAUGGGUAUCUCCUCCUGCAACUAGCUCCCCUUCCCCUUGGUCUUCCAGGACCAGGAGAGGCAUGAAGUGGGAGUAGCAAAGGCCAGGCACACAGAUGCAGUCUCAGAAUGCUUGGGGGGAAACCCUGGAGAGGAGGGGACUUAGGCAGCUGUGCAAGUGGCAGAGAGAAGUCCAGAAUCAGAAGACAGAGCUGAAGCAGGAGAGGAAUGUGGCUGGUGAAGCGUCCCAGGUGUCUUCCCCCUCCUGCUGCAACCAGCUUCCCUCCCCUUCGGUCUCCCAGAACCAGUAGAGGCAUGAAAAGAGCGGAGGAGUUAGCGUCACAUUGGCAGUAUCUCAGAUUGCAUGGGGAAAACCCUGAAGAGGAGGGGACCCAGGCAGCUGUGGGAAGGCUUCCAUCUCUGCAACUACUUCAUGGGGGCAAGACAUAUCAAAGAAGAGUUGCUGCGCUCAUUAGGCCUGAUACUCCUGUUUUUGCUAAUGAAGAGUUAACUCCAACUUGCUCAGUGCCGUUUACUGCUGCCUUGCUCCUGUCUUGAUUUCUCCCUUGGCUUAGAUUGCUUAGUAACUCUUGAGGAUUCCCUUGGUUUUUCCCACUGCUUACUUGCUUGAGCCAUCUGGAGGGAUAACUGGGGCAACUUGCUCUCCUUUUUCGGAGCAAGAAACUUUCCACACCAGAUAUUCCAUUUUUUAAAGUAAGCUCAGGCUUUGAAAUAUUUUAGGCGUGUCGAGUUCCCCGAUCUCACCUCCCCUGCUUCUUUCUCCAGGACGCACACCGGUUUGGACUUAACAUCCGGAAGGCCAUGGUGGACGUCUUGGCCCUUUUCCAACUGGACAAAAACUCCCCCGCCGGUCGUGGCCAGUGACUGAAUAAAUGCCAGCGGGAUUUACACAGCCAGCUCCCCAGACACACUUUGGAGUGUGUGUUUUCUGUCCUCUGAUCUGCAGGAACAUUUUGAAGCGGGGGAUGAAGAGGGGCCGGGCUUGCCUGAGGAUUCCCACAAGCACAAUGGACGGGAACGCCCCUCUUCCGUUCUCGGAUUUGGGAGAUUUGGACCCUGUGCCGGAUGCCGCGUAGGCAAACGACCCUCUCCCUCUGCUCAGCAUCUCCCUGCUUUUGGGUUGGUAGAAGUCUAAAAUGGGUUGCGGCUGGUAGCAAAAUCUUGCUUCUUCUAGGGCACAUGUGUGGAUGGAGGACUGUGGUUCGCUUAGAACAGAAGAGUGGCUCUUGGGAAAUCUUAAGUGCUCCCAUUGCGGCCAUCCCAGGGUGUUUUAAAAGCAGCAGUUCCCUUUCCUCUUCUUCUCUCCAGCAGCUAAGAAGCUCUUUUCCUUGUCCGCUCCAACCACUUCCACCCACAGCAGCUGGGCUGCGUCCCCUUUCUAGCACUUCCCAUUCAAAGGAUUCCUUCCCUGUGUCUGCCACUGACCCUCUGUUCCCGAAGCACUGCGGAUGGGGUGAUGGGUGAUAUUUAGAGGGGAAUCCCCUCUCCUCCAAUUCUGGGGAUCCAGGAAUCCCCGCAAAGCUGGUGCAGGGAGGGAAAGUUGGUCUUAAUUUAUUGCAGGGUUUUGUACGCCUCUGGGGAAAUUUGAGUUGCGAGGAGGGGCAGAAGAACAACGGGUGGGUCUUUUUUGUUUUGUUUUGUUUUGCUAGCGUCACAGACCUGAAUAAAACCACAGGGCGGGAGAUCUUACAAAACGGAA